AUGCAGGUGAAGUAUGUGAACGACAGGCAGCAGGUGGUCUACAUCAUCAACGGUCAGCGGACCGUCGAACAGGGACCCUUCACCAAGAUCAUUUGGCCCAGCACCAGGCACGAAAUCCGUAAUGCCAUCCUCCUCUCCCAGCGGGAGUAUGUGGUGCUGCUGCACGAGCGGACCCAGAUCACACGUCAUGAACCCGGCCCCGGACAGGUCUUUAUGGACGCCUGGGAAAAGAAGGUGGAGAUCAAGGAGAAGCUUGUCUUGCAGAAACGUGAGUACGUGCGAUUGAUUCACCGGAUCUCAGGUUUUGAGCGUGUGGUUGGUGGACCCCAAAUCUUGGUCCCAGAGCCAUUUGAAGAGUGGCCCUUUGGAAUUGAGACCAGCAUUGUCAUUGGCCACACCAACGCGGUGCUUGUGGAGAUGAACAAGACCAGCGGCAUGAAACGCUUGGUCACUGACAAGGGGAUGUUUGUCCCAGCACCCUACGAACGAAUCCUGCGGGAGAAGAAUGCCGUGCUGUUGGAACCCUUGAGUUAUGCUGUGGUAAAGGACCACCUGACAGGUCAAACGAGGAACGAGGUGGGCCCUCAGCUGCUGCAAGUGGGGCCCUAUGAAGAACUGCUGAAUGUCAGUACCAAAUGGGUCCUGGAGAAGGACUCAUACUUGCGCUUGGUUGACAAGCAGACUGGACAAGAGCGCAUCGUCACCGGACCCACAGUGGUGGUGCCUGACUACACCGAAACGGCGCCGGACGGCAAGCAGAAGGCGGUCUACAUCGACACCCUGACGGCCGUGAAGUUGGAGAAUAGGACCACAGGGCAGCAACGACUGUAUGAAACCGUUGGGGUCUUCGUGCCCCAGCCCUAUGAACGCAUCCUGGAAAUCAUGCAUAAGAUCUUGGUCCUGCCUCACCAGGCCACGGUGCUGCGAGACAUCGCCGGAGUGCAGACCUUGGUCACCGGCAGUUCCGGUGCCACUGCCUUUUUCCUUCCACCAUUCACGACACAGAUGGAGUUCAACUGGUCAGCUUAUACCUCUCCAGUCUUGGAGGAUCCAGUGCCCAAGGUCUUGGUGAAGAUGAUCGACUUGCGCGCACAGAAAAUGUUCUUCCAGAAUGAGGUGCGCACCAGCGACAACGUGAGGUUAAAGCUGGAAGGCACCAUCUUCUGGCAGGUCCAGUCCAACAACAUCAUGCAGAUGGUUACCUCCACCGCCGACGCGCCGGGCGACAUCUCGCAGCGCGCGCCGCGGUAUGCCGCGGUAACGGUUGGACACCGGCUGACUUUGGCACAGUUCAUGGCAGGCUUUAACAACCUGACACAGGCCACUUAUGACGCCCAAGCCUCUGACACCUUCUCGGAUCGCGGCGUAUCGUUGCAGAGUUUGGAGAUCACCAAAUUCGAUUCGGUGGAUGCAGAGACAGCGCUGGUGCUGCAGAACAUCAUCAAGGAGACCACCUUGCGCAUCAACGAGCUUCAGAAACAGGAGAGUCAGAACGCGGUGAACGCCGCGAAGCUGACGGCGGACAUCCAACUGGAGCAGCAGAGAACGGAGCUGAUCCAGACGCAGGCAGAUAACGAGCGGCUUCAGAAGCAGUUCCAGGGUCAGUCGGAUGGUCAAAAAUUGGUGCAAGCAGCUUUGGCGUACAUCUCUGGUUUGAACACCUCCGUGCCAAAUGUCACAGAGCGAGUGGAGAUGUACAAGUGCGCCGGUUGA